AUUUAAUUACAUAGGGAUCGAAAUUCUAGGUUAUACAGGGAACAUUAUUGACAGAUACGACAUCCUGCGUCAAUAUGAAGUCUUAGAUCCCAAAGAAAUAACAGCUAAUUUUCUGGAAAUGUAAUACGCGAACCAGUCAGUUGGUAGCUGGGUGGGUAAUAAGGGUGGUAUUUCAAUUGUGGCUCCAUCAUCCAACACCAUAGUAGCUAUAAAAAGAGAUUAAGUUGUAUUUUCGUAGUAGAUGACGUGAAAUUUGAGCACGGGAAAGGGUUAAUAUUCGGCUAUCGGUUUAGCGUUUUGAAGAUGUUACUGGAAUAGUGCACAAUGUUCUGCCACUCUUGCAUGAACGUCUUAAAGGAGUUUUGUUACCAAAUUGCGCGUGGUAUGAGAGUGUGGUGAGAAGGGGCGGAAUAUGAGCUGCAUAUGUACGAGGGAUGGACGGCGAAACUUGCACUUUGUGAUGGUCAAGGUUUAGAAACAUCACUAUAUAGUUUAUAUGAGACUGAAUAUGGAAUUUAAAGUGGGAAGUGUGGCAAACCUUAUCUCUGGAAUCAACUCACCAGAAGCCUCAACCAAAUCAAAACUAUUCAGAAAUGUAACUGAAGAGAAGAACGUGAACAUAAAAUUUCAGGCUAUGCAUGAAUCUAAGAAAGAGAAACCCAAGAAAAGAAUUAUUGGAGAUGAUUCUUCAGUAGGACACAAGAAAAAGCAAAAAAUUAUAAAUACAACUACCACUGAUGGCAUAGAGCCUGAAACAGUAAAUUCAAGUGCUCUGUGUGCAAUGAAACGUCUUAAGAAAAAAAAGAAAAAGGAAAUUGAAGUAGAAAACGAAGACAUCACUAAGGAACGUGAAGCACGAUCCAUUUUUGUUGGCAACGUGCCACACACCAUUACUACAAAGAAGCUUAGGAAAUUGUUUGAGAAAUUUGGCCCAGUGGAAUCUGUGAGGCUCCGUUGUCCUCCAUUGGCUGAUCCGAGGGUUCCCAAGAAGGUGGCAGUCAUAAAAAGAGACUUUCAUCCUGAUAGAAAUAGUAUGCAUGCUUUUGUUCGCUUUGUUGAUGUAGAAUCUGCUCGAAACGCUCUUGAGUUUAAUGGGACAGUUUUUGAAGAUCACCACAUUAGAGUGGACAUGGCAGCAGGAAAGGCAGAUCAUGACCAGAAGAAAGCAGUGUUUCUCGGAAAUGUACCAUUUGCUGCUGAAGAAGAUGAUUUGUGGAAAAUGUUUGAAUCCUGUGGCAAAAUUUCUGGCAUUCGAUUGAUACGAGACAAAAGGACUGGUAUAGGAAAAGGAUUUGCAUACAUCAAUUUUGAGACUGCUGAUGCCGUGGAACUCGCAUUAAAACUAGAUGGUGAAGAGUUAAACAAAAGAAAACUCCGUGUGCAGAGGUGUGUCAAGAAGCCAGUAAGAAAAUCUGGUACCAGUCGGGAACAUAAGCAUGCAAAAGACAGAACAAAAGAACUGAAAACAAACAGUAAUGAACAGACACUCAUAAAACAAGAACAUGAAGAUAUGAAAGAUGUGAUUAAUGACCCUGAUUCUGAUACAGUGCCAAAGAGAAUACACACAAAGCCUAGUCAAGAAUUUCCUCACUUCCAAGGACAGAAAGUUGCAGACGAUGAAAAGUUGAGAAAGAAGAAGAAGAAACUGAAGAAAGCUGAAUUGAAGAAGAAGGCAGUGGUCAUGAAGCUGGGUCUUAAGUCUAAAGUUGUACACAAGAAAGUGAAGAAGCCUAUUUUGAAAAUAAAGUCAUUAGCAAAGAAGAUUAAAUAACAAACCUUCAAGAAAAUGGACACUGUGCAGUUUCUGAUGUUUUAUGUUUCUCUGUAAAGAUCUGUAAUCUGUUUUGCAGAAAUUAACCUUUGCUUAUUGGCAAAGGAUGAGGCAUUAGAGAUUUAGGUUCCCUCUACACUGUCACAUGUAGGGCAGUACGCGUGACGAGAAUGAU